GCAGGCGCAGCGUCACCCUUGAGCGAGGUACCCCCUCAGAGAGGCUGUCCGAUCCGCCCCCCUCAGCCGCAGGACGGUGUGUGACAGACCCGGCGGCGGGGGAGCGAGGAGGCGGCGGCGGCGCGCGUCGUUAAGUGUCGCGUCGUGCCCGCGCCUCACUCCCGCCCCCUCCGCCCUCUUUCCCUCACCCGCUCACCCCCCCAGGUGUCAGGGGCAUCCGCCGCCGCCCCCUGCCAUGGUCCCCCGCCCGUCGCCCUGGAAGCAGGAGGAGCUGGGGCGGCGGCCGCCAUUGCCUGAGGGGGCUGCGAGGCGGCGAUGAGAGGAUGGACGCGGACGAGGUGACCAUCCGCGAGCAGAACUUCCACAGCCAAGUGCGGGAGUACACGAUCUGUUUUCUUCUGUUUGCUAUUCUCUAUAUUGUUUCCUACUUCAUUAUCAGAAGAUACAAGAGGAAAGGAGAUGAGCAAGAGGAUGAAGAUGCUAUUGUCAAUAGAAUUUCGCUAUUCUUGAGUACAUUUACUCUUGCAGUUUCAGCUGGUGCUGUCCUUCUUCUACCUUUCUCAAUAAUCAGCAAUGAAAUCCUGCUCUCUUUUCCACAUAGCUACUAUAUUCAGUGGUUAAAUGGAUCUCUAAUUCAUGGCUUAUGGAAUCUUGUUUCUCUCUUUUCCAACCUUUGUUUGUUUGUACUGAUGCCUUUUGCUUUCUUCUUUCUGGAGUCGGAAGGCUUUGCUGGCUUAAAAAAGGGGAUCAAAGCACGCAUUUUGGAAACCCUUGUUAUGCUCAUUCUUCUUGCACUGCUUAUCCUUGGAAUCGUUUGGGUGGCUUCAGCUCUCAUAGACAAUGAUGCUGCGAGUAUGGAGUCUUUGUAUGAUCUUUGGGAAUUCUACCUCCCUUAUUUAUAUUCCUGUAUAUCACUGAUGGGAUGUUUAUUACUUCUACUAUGCACACCAGUGGGACUUUCACGAAUGUUUACAGUGAUGGGUCAGUUGCUUGUAAAGCCAGCGAUCCUUGAAGACUUGGAUGAACAGAUAUAUAUCAUCACCUUAGAAGAAGAAGCUAUCAUGAGGAGGCUAAAUGGGAUGUCUUCACCAGUGGAGUACAACACAAAGCAGCUGAAGCAGGAACUAAGUAAUGUGAAGAGUAUGAAGACAAAAUUGGAACGACGGAAAAAGGCUUCAGCUUGGGAGAGGAAUCUUGUGUAUCCAGCUGUAAUGAUCCUGCUGCUAAUUGAAACUGCAAUCUCUGUCCUCUUGGUUGCUUGCAAUAUUCUUUGCCUGCUGGUUGAUGAAACUGCAAUGCCAAAGGGGUCAAGGGGGCCUGGCAUAGGAAAUGCCUCUCUGUCCACAUUUGGUUUUGUGGGAGCAGCACUCGAGAUCAUUUUGAUUUUCUAUCUAAUGGUCUCUUCGGUUGUGGGCUUCUAUAGCUUACGCUUUUUUGGAGAUUUCACUCCCAGAAAGGAUGACACAACGAUGACAAAGAUAAUUGGGAACUGCGUUUCAAUCUUAGUCCUCAGUUCAGCUUUGCCAGUUAUGUCAAGGACACUGGGUAUUACCAGGUUUGAUCUCCUUGGAGACUUUGGAAGGUUUAACUGGCUAGGAAAUUUCUACAUCGUGCUGUCCUACAAUAUCCUCUUUGCCAUUGUGACAACCCUGUGUCUGGUUAGAAAGUUCACCUCUGCAGUUAGAGAGGAGCUUCUCAAAGCAUUAGGUUUAGACAAGCUUCACCUCUCACACAAUGCAAGAGACUCUGAGGCUGCAAAGCCAUCUGUAAACGGGCACCAGAAAACACUGUGAAAAGCAGGUGGUGGAACCGAGCCCUUUUGACUUCAUGACAUUCCUGUCACUUCAUAGCACUUGAUUUUGUAUUGCUUUUUCUUGUUUGUAUAUUGGGUCCAAGUUGAUAACAAAAAAAAAAAAAAAUUGCAGCCAAGAAAGCUGGGUGUAUCAGACUGUCCUCUCUUCUUGCUCAGAUUGAUCCAUGUUAAAUUACUGUGUCAGCUGGCGCAGAACUGUCUUGAAACCUGGAAGCGGAAAAGAAAACUCCAUUCCUCUUUGGAUACACCUCCAUAUUGAUCUAUCAACAUAUUAGGCCAAGAAUCUCCCGAGCAUAAACCUUUUGCUGAAGAAUUAGGCUGGGUGUCUGAGAUGAGCCUUGCUAGUUGAAAAUGGCAAAUCCUUUACUAGAGUUGCUGAUUUUUCAGUAAAAUUGCAUUAUGAAAACGGACAACUUAUAGAGAAUAUGGUAAGAUCCAGGAUCAGUACAUUCAUUGUCCGUCUGAUGAGUUUCCACUGUCAUUGUGUCUUAAGAUACCAGCAGUUCCUGGUUCUAAAUAACAAACUGGCCUACAGUUAUCACUAAAGGUAACUUCCACUGAGACUCAUGAAUUACACAAUAACGUAAGCCUAGGUUGCAGUGCUAAAUUGUAAUUUCACAGACCUCUGAUUGUUGUGUACAUAAUCAUGCAUUUUAGGGCAAUCACACAACUCCAUUAAAUGCACAGAGAAUUCUGUUCAUUCC